UGUUGAUUCAACACUCCCGAAUGAACCAGAUGUUUCAAACACAGAUAAUUCUCUGUCAACAAAUUCAACAGCCUGUCCCGAAACCUAACAUUGUGGAUAGAGCUCCUGCACACUGCUGUACAGCGUCCUUUGUCAAAAGAGGUUGACAAAUCUAUUACGAAUAAGUUAAUACCCAAUUCGCUGCCGCCUUGAUCCUGACAAACCGGAGUGUUGGUGCAAACAGAGGUACGGUUGAGCACCAUCCUUGACGUCUGCCUGUUUCAUGAAGUUCCCUCGUAUCUUUCUAAAAACUCCGGGAGUCAAUACUUAUGGGUGGAACCGAUACCGACCCGGACCGGGAGUUUGCCGCCUCCACCACCCUCCACGGUAUCGGUCGGUUGGUGGAGAGCUCUCGGGCUUACUUCAAGUUGGCCUGGCUCGCCAUACUGUUGACGUGCCUCGGCGUGUGCAUCUGGCAGGUCACUCUCCGAUUCCAGGCCUACUUCAAGUACGAGGCAAACACUCAGAUAUCGACGAAGUAUGUCAGUCAUCUUGAAUUCCCCGCCGUUACCAUAUGCAAUUUCAACAGGUACCGUCAGUCGGCCAUCACACCCAACGAGAGUGCCUGCCUGAAGUCCCUCAUCUCGAUGAACGACUACGACCACCAAGGAUUUUUUAGUUCCUACUCCGAGGACGUGAAUCCAUGGGACUUCCUCGACUACUACCAGCAACAGAGUGACGUGGGUAACGUGGACUGCAGUGAAUUCAGCUUCACCGACUUCACCAAGAGAACUGGCUUCAUUCUGGACGAGGACACCCUUCUGGAUUGCGACUGGCGCGGGAGGAAGGGCAGCUGUUCCGCAGCUGAUUUUACACACUCGUUCACUUCCUUCGGAAAUUGUUGGACUUUCAAUUCGGGUAAGAAUGGAGCAGACAUCGUCACGGAGUCAUUGCCAGGGAGCGGUAAUGGUUUGAGGGUGCUCAUAGAUAUACAACAGUCUGAGUAUACGGAAACACUUGACGGUAACUGUGAGGCCGGUCUGAAGGUGGUGAUCCAUGACCAGGGCACCCCGCCUGCUGUCGACUCGGCUGGUAUGGCCAUACAGCCGGGUGUCCAUGCCUACAUCGCAACUCGGGCAUUGAAAUACGUCAAUCUGGAGCCGCCAUGGGGUGAAUGCGACUCGUCCAAGACGCUAGAAAAUCAACAGGCAUACACCAUGGAGGGGUGUAUGUCAGAAUGCCGGGCCAGGCUGGUCUUUAAACACUGCAACUGUAGACUUGUCAGACAUCCUGGAAAAACAGUUGAAUGUACGGUUGCUCAAACGAAGGACUGCGGCAUGAAAAUACUGGCUCAAAUUCAGUCAGGGGAGAUCAACGAGUGCGAUUGCCCGGUGCCCUGCAAAUACACCCGGUUUGCUACCUCACUGUCCACGGCGUCCGUGGCUAGCCAGGUCAUCGCCAACCAAAUCUGGUUAGCCACACUGUUUGACACCGUCGAGUUGGGUUCCGAUAGUGAUGCGACGGUGACAGCAAGUCCCAUUUAUGGCACCGUUGGGUCGUCAAGUUCCUCCUUGUAUUCCGCAAAGAGCAGUUCCUAUUCCUCGUCUGAUGCGGACGACGAUCCCUCCAAUGACACGGACCCAUACGAUCCUGAGUACAUCAAUAAAAACUGGAUAGUGUUGGAUGUGUUUUACAGUGAAAUCAACUUUCAGAAGUACGAGCAGUCGAUUGCCAUCACGCCUUCUGGGUUGAUCAGUGAUAUUGGAGGCCAGUUGGGGCUUUUUCUGGGAGCCAGUUUCAUCACUAUAGCCGAGAUACUGGCCUACCUGGGCCAGCGGUUCGGCCGAGGCGUCCAGAAGACGGUAGCCAAGGGGAGGAGAAUCCGGCCGUCCAUGCUGACCGUUGAUAAGGCCAGAAAGAAAGGAGUUGACAUAGCUUGGAUGGUUUGACUCUGAAAAUUUAAAAUCCCUCAGGCGAGGAUAAAAGUACGGAAGCGUGCAAACAAUCGUUUUCCAAGGGAUACGUUAUGGUGAACUUUGACCAUUUUUAUGCCAGCCUUUUCCCUAUAGAUGCACAAUUUUAAGGUACACUCAACCAAAAAAGAAAG